AUGGGCAAGACCAUCUGGAUCGAGGAGGUUCUCGCCGAGGAGGUCAACUCCUCCCAUGAGAGGUACUGGUACUUCAUCAUUGUCAUCAACUUUGGUGUCUCCGCCUUUGGCUUCGGCUUCGGCUUCGGCUUCGGCUUCGGCAUCGGCAUCGGCUGUGGCAUCGACCACACGCAUGGGUAUGCUGUCGUCGAGAUCGAGAUGGAAUGCUCGGAAUCCAUGCCACAGAUGGGCAUUCAGUAUCAUCCGCGUCGUCGCGCUGUCACCCGAUCGGUCUCGCCUGAUGGCCGUGCCUCGCUCGUCGUCUCUGUCCCGCAAAAUGAGCCGGUGCAGCACGGUGAGGUAGGGAGGCAGCGGGAGCGGCGGCGAAAGGGCUCGCCGCGUCGGCGGCGGAAGCGGGAGCGUGGGCGCGAACAGAAUGCGUCGCGGUCGCGGUUCAAUACUACGGCCACGUUUGUGUCGGCGUCAGACGAUUCCGAUUCGUGGGACGUCGAUGAGUAUCACUCGGCGUCGUCGGACGAGGCCAAGCUGCGGCGCGCGCGUGAGCGCUCAAUUGAGCAGCUGGAGGAGGCCGAGUCGCUUGUUCGCAAGGGCAUCGACGUGGCCGGCGCCAUUGUCGACGAGCAACUGGCCAUCGACAUCGCACAGCGCGAGGCCGCUGCCGACGCGACAGCGGCCCGCAACGCGCUUGUGGCCCAGGAGCGCGAGCUCGAUGCCCGUGCUGCGCGGCUGGACGCCGCGCUCCGCGACCACGAGGUGACGCAAGCUCGAGCGGACGCCGAGUUGCAGCAGCGGCUGGCGAGUCUCGACGCCGCCGAGGCCCGGCUCGCUGCCCGAGCUGAGGUUGUCGACCGCGAGGCCCAGGCCUUGGCGCUGGAGCGUGAGCGUGCGCUCGAGCUGGCGCGCCAUGCCGAGUUGAAAGACGACCUGCGCGCCGCGGUCCGUGAGGCCCAGGCCGAGUCAGCCGAGCACAUGGCGAGGCUUGAGGCGCGCCUGGUGGCACAGGACGAAGCUGUGGCGGCCCGUGAUGCCGCUGCUCGCGAGGCAUCAUGGCGUGAGACACUAGAGGCCAAGGAGCACGCCAUUGCGCAGCUGGAGACUAAGCUUGCGCAGGUAGAUGCUGACGCGCGCGAGCGCCGGGCAGCCGAUCGCUCACAAGCGCAGCUUGACGCGUUUAUGGCUGCAUCGCAGGCGCAGGCAGACCGGCUUGAGCAACAGCUGGCUUCGCAGACCGAGGCGCAGAUGCAGGCCGCGGCGGCGGCAGCGGGAAGAGUGCCGGCUGCGCCCACAACUGCUCUGGAUUCGGCUCCACGCAACGACGCGGUCCUCCGGCGGCUUGACGACCAGACGCACAUGCUACAGGCCCUGGUAGACCAGACGCGCGAGGCUGUGCGGCAGGGCACCCAGCCGUCGGCGCCCGGCCCGACGGCUGGGAGCGAGGGCAGUACCCAGGUGCUGCAGGCGUCCAUGACGGCCAUGUCCGCAGAUAUCAAGGCUGCGCUUGCGCAGCAGUCGUCGCAGCUCGGAGCGGCCAUUACUCAGGCGCUAGGGCAGCUGUCGCGGACGCCGGCACCGGGACCUACGGCCGCAAGUGUCGCGCCAGCUGGCGCGUCGGUGUCACAGUCUAUGGCGCAGGUUCGCGAGAUGAUGCAGAUGCAGACCGAGAUCCACGACUUGCAACGUGCGCUGCAGGAUGCAGAGCGGCGGGCUCUCGACGCAGCAGCCAAGACCGAGGCCGAGGCGCGGCGUCGUGAAGACGCGCUGCGGAUGGAGCUCAAGUCGGAGGUGGCGGCAGCGGCGGCGGCUGAGGGGAAGGAGCUUGCAGCGGCGCAGCACGAGCUCGAGCGUGACGCUAUGCACAGCCGCGAGGCGGUCAAGCUUGAGAUCGCCGAGCUCCGCCGGAUGGUCGAGGGCGUGGCAGCAGAGGAGGGCGCGCUGAAGGCCAAGGUCGACUCGGCGCCAGUCCAGACUACCCGGGGGAGAACGGAUGAGGAAGGUCAGGUUGCGCAGCUCCUUGCGCAGCAGCUGCAGGUCAUGGAGGCGCGGCUGCAUGAUCUGGAACGCGAUGCAGGAACCACUGCGAGCACGACGCGAGCCAAGCUGGAAGAGCCCGAGGGUGCGGUGAAGAAGGAGGCAACCCAGGAAGCCAAGGCAGUGCGGAUUGCGCAGUUGGAGGCUGCGCUGGCUGCCGAGCGGUCGCAGGCCGGUACGUCUGCAGGGGCGGGGACGAAGUCUGUGACACCUAGCGCUCGCGGCGAGGCCCAAGCUUCGCUUCCGCGUGCGGCGGCUGAUCAGAUCAAGGCUGAGGUGCUUGAGCAACUGGAAGCGUCGUUGGCUCAACAGAGCGAGGCGCAGGCAGCGCUGCGGCGCCAAGUUGAGCAGCAGGGCGCGGGGCUUGAGGCGCAGGCAGCGCGGAUGGUUGAGCUGACGGGAGCAGUCUCGACGCUCUCGUCGGGCCAAAAGACGCUGGUCACGACGCUGGAGCAGGUUGCGGGCUCCGAGGCUGCGACGCAUGCGCGUAUUUCCGAGCUGAUGCAGGCACAGGCUGCGGCCGACGAGCGGCUGACCAAGUCGCUGCACUUGGUCGUCGACCAGGUCAAGGCAUCGCAAGCGGCGCAGGCAGAGGCGUUUGCCAGCCAGGUCGGCAAGCUGGCCGAGCACCAGGAAAAGAUUGCUUCAGCCGAGGCCGAGGCGCUCGGGCAGCUCGCCAGCGCGCUGCGCGCUACCGAGGAGCGGGUGGCGGCGGAGCUGGCCAGCCAGAAGGCGACGCUCGCCGAGGCUGAUGCGCGGCAAGAUAAGACGGUGCGCGCACUGGAGCAGAUGUACGAGAUGCAAGUCCAGACACAGACCAAGCUCGCCGCUGAGGACGCCAAGUUCCGCGCCAUUGAGGACAGGUUCGCUUCGCUCGCCUCUGCGCUCGAGCGGUUCCAGCACGUCGAGGCUGCGCUCGACACUCGGGUUGCGCGGGCCGAUGGCUACGCCGCCGACGCCGGGCAGGCACACGCUGACGAUCUGGCCGCGAUCCAGACCGCCACCCACGAGUUUAUCGAUCGCCAUCUCACGGUCGACAAUGACAGUGCUGAGUCGUAAAACAUGCACAAACACAA